AUGGAGGCCCGGGCUGCCGCGGCUGGCGAGCCCGAGCCUGUGGCGGCUUCCUCCUCCUUCCAGGCCCGGCUCUGGAAGAACCUGCAGUUGGGGGUGGGCAAGAGCAAGGGAGGCGGCGGCGGGCGCGCAGGGGGCCCCGAGAGUCGCACUGCGGGCACCCCGUCGCCUUCUCCUCCGCCCCCGGGGGGCAGGCGGGAUGCUCUGGCCGGCGUGGGUGGCACGAGCAGCAGGUGGAGUGGCUUCAAGAAGCGGAAGCAAGUACUGGACCGCGUGUUCUCCUCCUCCCAGCCCAAUCUGUGCUGCUCCUCGCCGGAACCCCUCGAGCCCAGCGGCACCGGCCGAGCCGAGCAGGGGUCCGCGCUGCGCCGCCUAAUCCGCGAGCAUUUGCUCCCCCCGGGAAGGGGGCCUGGAGCAGCCGGAGUGACGCCUCCUGGCGGGAACUCCCCCGACUCGGCUCGCUCAUCUUCCGCUUCAUCCUCCCUGUCCUCUUCACCUCAGCCGCCCUCGAGGGGGAACCGCACCCAGGAUGAGGGUGCACAGGGUCGGGGAUCCGGGGCACACUUGUGCCAUCAGAAGAGCUCCUCCCUGCCGGGCACUGCCUGUCUGGAGCAGCUGCUGGAGCCUCCACCGCCUGCGCCUCCCGCAGAGUCAGCGCAAAGUCCCGCGGAACUCGGGACCCCCGCCAAAGGCAAGGAGCGCGGCAGCAGCCAGAAAAUAUUGAAUAGUGCUGGAACCAGUAAUGCAGAUGUCCCUUCGGCUGAUCCCGGAAUGUACCAGUUGGACAUUACAUUAAGAAGGGGUCAAAGUUUAGCUGCCCGAGAUAGAGGAGGGACAAGUGAUCCAUACGUGAAGUUUAAAAUUGGAGGAAAAGAAGUUUUUAGAAGUAAAAUAAUACACAAGAACCUCAAUCCUGUGUGGGAGGAAAAAGCUUGCAUUCUUGUCGAUCAUCUUAGGGAGCCAUUGUAUAUAAAGGUCUUUGACUAUGAUUUUGGACUUCAGGAUGACUUUAUGGGCUCAGCCUUACUGGAUCUCACACAAUUGGAGUUAAAAAGGCCCAUGGAUGUGACUCUACCUCUGAAAGAUCCCCAUUAUCCUGACCAUGAUCUUGGAAUCAUUUUGCUCUCAGUCCUUCUUACCCCUAAUGAAGGAGAACCCAGAGAUGUGACCAUGCUAAUGAGGAAGAGUUGGAAAAGAUCAAGUAAGGAACUCUCAGAAAAUGAAGUGGUUGGAUCUUAUUUCUCUCUGAAGUCUUUCUUUUGGAGGACGUGCAGCAGGCCUGCUUUUCCUGUCCUGGGCUUCUGCAGAGCAGAGCUUCAAAGUUCUUAUUGCCAAAAUGUACAAUUUCAGACCCAAAGCUUACGACUGUCAGACCUACAUAAAAAAUCACACCUUUGGAGAGGAAUAGUCAGUAUCACCUUAAUUGAGGGACGGGACCUCAAGGCAAUGGAUUCAAACGGGUUGAGUGACCCCUAUGUGAAGUUCCGGCUUGGACAUCAGAAAUACAAGAGCAAGAUUAUGCCAAAAACUUUGAAUCCUCAGUGGAGGGAACAGUUUGAUUUUCAUCUCUAUGAAGAAAGAGGAGGAAUCAUUGAUAUCACUGCUUGGGACAAAGAUGCUGGGAAAAGGGAUGAUUUUAUUGGCAGGUGCCAGGUCGACCUGUCAGCCCUCAGUAGGGAACAGACGCACAAGUUGGAGUUACAGCUGGAAGAGGGUGAGGGACAUCUGGUGCUGCUGGUCACCCUGACAGCUUCGGCCACAGUCAGCAUCUCUGACCUCUCUGUCAACUCUGUGGAGGACCAGAAAGAACGGGAGGAGAUAUUAAAGAGAUAUAGCCCAUUGAGGAUAUUUCACAACCUGAAAGACGUAGGAUUUCUUCAGGUGAAAGUAAUCAGAGCUGAAGCGUUGAUGGCUGCUGACGUCACAGGUAAAAGUGAUCCUUUUUGUGUAGUGGAACUGAACAAUGAUAGGCUACUUACACAUACAGUCUACAAAAAUCUCAAUCCUGAGUGGAACAAAGUCUUCACGUUCAACAUUAAAGAUAUCCAUUCUGUUCUUGAAGUGACAGUUUAUGAUGAAGAUCGGGAUCGAAGUGCUGACUUUCUGGGCAAAGUUGCUAUACCAUUGCUGUCUAUUCAAAAUGGUGAACAGAAAGCCUACGUCUUGAAAAACAAGCAGCUGACAGGGCCAACAAAGGGGGUCAUCUAUCUUGAAAUAGAUGUGAUUUUUAAUGCUGUGAAAGCCAGCUUACGAACAUUAAUACCCAAAGAACAGAAGUACAUUGAAGAGGAAAACAGACUCUCUAAACAGCUGUUGCUAAGAAACUUUAUCAGGACGAAAUGUUGUGUCAUGGUGCUCAUAAAUGCUGCCUACUACGUUAAUAGUUGCUUUGAUUGGGAUUCACCCCCAAGGAGUCUCGCUGCUUUUGUGCUCUUCCUCUUUGUUGUCUGGAACUUUGAGCUCUACAUGAUACCACUGGUUUUGUUGUUACUAUUGACAUGGAACUAUUUCUUGAUAAUAUCAGGGAAAGAUAACAGACAACGUGAUACAGUAGUAGAGGACAUGCUAGAGGACGAGGAAGAAGAAGAUGACAAAGAUGACAAGGACAGUGAAAAAAAGGGAUUUAUAAAUAAAAUCUAUGCCAUCCAGGAGGUAUGUGUCAGUGUCCAGAACAUCCUAGAUGAAGUGGCUUCAUUUGGCGAAAGGAUAAAGAAUACUUUCAACUGGACCGUCCCGUUCUUAAGCUGGCUGGCCAUUGUCGCCCUCUGUGUGUUCACAGUUAUCCUGUAUUUCAUUCCACUGAGAUACAUUGUCCUUGUCUGGGGCAUCAAUAAAUUUACAAAGAAGCUUCGGAGUCCAUAUGCAAUUGAUAACAAUGAACUACUUGACUUCCUUUCCAGAGUCCCUUCAGAUGUACAAGUGGUGCAAUACCAAGAACUGAAACCAGAUCCUUCUCAUAGCCCAUGUAAAAGGAAGAAAAACAAUCUUGGAUAGCCAGCUCCAAGCACCGAGGAGCCCAGCAUCUGUUUGGGAAGAUAAAAGAAAAAGCCUUCAGCCUCAGUAGCAUUUCCUUUCUUUCUGCUUUUUAUUUAUUUUGCCUUUUUAUCAUGAUCGAGAGGAUUUGUAAAUAGUGUACAAAGGCAUAUGUAUUUAAAAAUACACUUCCACUGCCCAGAAUCAAUUUGAUAAAAGUUUAGCUAUUGCUGAGUGAAAGCCUUGCUAGCUGUGGGUAAAAAUGUAACACGUUGAAACAAACAAACAAACAAAAUGUAAGAAUGAUGGCAAUGGGAGAUACACAUUUCUCUAAUUACAAGUGGAAGAACCAGAAUAUUAAAUUAAAUGUUCAGCUGUGCUCUGAUUAAAUCGACACAAAAUGUAAAUGUCAACUUAAUUUUAAAGUUUUUUUUAAUGUAACUCUUUUUAAUCCAGAAAGUAACCCAUUCCAGUUUUCUAUGUUUUAUAUGUUUUAAAAGGGGGGAAAUCCCAAAACCUGAAUAAUGGAUGCAUUUCAGUUUAUCCUAGAUUAUGACUUCAGAUCCUGACAUUCACUCCUGUGCAAAUUAUUUUGAUA